CGAGCGGUUGGAAUUUGAAUCUGCGGCGCGACGCUGCGGGAAGUCUGGAACCUUGGGUCAAGCAUGGAGAGCCCAGGCUCCACCGCGCGCUGUCCGCUGCGAGAGCAGCGUGCACGUUGGGAACGGAAACGUGUCUGCACCGCUCGGGAGCUGCUGGAGACCGAGCGGCGCUACCAGGAACAACUGGGGCUGGUGGCCACGUACUUCCUGGGCAUCCUGAAAGCCAAGGGAACACUACGACCACCAGAGCGCCAGACCCUGUUUGGGACCUGGGAGCGCAUCUAUGCCGCUAGCCUAGAGCUGCUUCCCUACUUGGAAGAAGGACACUGGGGGCCGGGACUAGAGGGCUUCUGCUCCCACCUGGAGCUCUACACUCAAUUUGCUGCCGAUGCAGAGAGUUCUCAGACUACCCUUCAGACGCAGCUGAAGAAGAAUAAACGUUUUCGGAGGUUUGUGCGGCUUCAGGAAGGCCGCCCUGAAUUUGGGGGUCUUCAGCUCCAGGACCUGCUCCCUUUGCCUCUGCAGCGGCUCCAGCAGUAUGAGAACCUCGUCGUGGCUUUGGCUGAAAACACAGUUCCCAACAGCCCUGAUUACCAACAGCUCACACGGGCUGCCCGCCUGGUGAGUGAAACUGCCCACAGAGUCCACGCCAUUGGCCAGAGCCAGAAGAAUGACCAGCACCUCCUGCGUGUCCAGGCUCUACUCAGCGGACGCAAGGCCAAAGGACUUACUUCAGGGCGAUGGUUCCUACGACAGGGCUGGCUUUUAGUGGUGCCUCCCACCGGGGAGCCUCGGCCCCGCAUGUUCUUCCUCUUCUCUGAUGUGCUCCUCAUGGCCAAGCCUCGACCCCCACUGCACCUGCUGAAGAGUGGUACCUUUGUCUGCAGAGCCCUGUACCCUAUGUCCCAGUGCCAACUUAACAGGGUCUUCGGCCAUUCAGGGGGAACUUGUGGUGGUUUGCUCAGUCUCUCCUUCCCCGACGAGAAGCUACUGCUUAUGUCCACUGACCACGAGGAGCUGUCACGAUGGUGCCGCAGCCUGACUGUGGCUAUCAGGUGA